AUGUCUAGGAGCAGGAGUAACAAGCAGAAACAGAACGUCACGUUCGCGUGUCGCAGCUGCCGGCAGCGCAAGCGCAAGUGCAGCCGGGAGAAACCGGUGUGCCAGCGGUGCUCACGGCUGGGCAUCACGUGCGUGUACGAGCUGCCUCCUAAGCAUCUAAUCAAGUCGGUCAAGGACGGUAACGGCGGCGGCGGCGUCGCCGGCUGCGCCGGCUCGCCGCCCUCGAUGCGCUGGCACUUCCAGACCGGUGUCGAUCUCGGGCUUCACGUCGAGAAGGACCCGUUCUUGCUCGAGUUCCUUUCGUCCGCCAUCGCGUGCGGGCCCACGCUCGCCAGGUGCCACCACACGCAGUGUGUCGACCCUAAUUGCGGUCGGUGGUGGUUCAGCCUGAUGCUCGAGGGCCACACCUUGCUGGACGACGUGAGGAACAACACUGUGGUUCCCUCGCGUACGGGACGCCUUCCAUUUGGCGGCGACCCGCUCGUGGGGCCCGAGGUUUUCAGCCACAUGUGCUCCGAGCUCAUUCAUGAAAUUCAGCAAGUGUUGCCGUCGCUCGAUGCGAUGCAGGCGAUGAAAAUCGAGUUUUACGAACACAUGUACGUGGUUAAGCCUGCACUCAACAUACCUCGCUUUGAGCGCGCGAUAGAGCUUCUCGUGGUACCGCGGCCUGAUAAUGCAGGCGUGUUUGUACGACGCUCCAUGAACCACCAGCGUAUGGAGCUCAUCCAGCUCGCCAUCCUCCUGUUGAUUCUCAGAAUGGGCUUCAUGUCCAUGGUCCUUUACAACGAGAAAUACGAGCGCGAUCCUGCCAAGAAAAAGCAGGUGGCCUCUUGGCUAAACGCCCACGCGAUCCCUCGCGAUGUCCUAUUUUUAGUGAAACGCACUUUGGAGUUGUUGCGUAUCUAUGAUACGCCCACUGAGGAGGCGCUCUGCUGUCUGUUGUACCUGCGUACCGCUAUGUGUCUCGAAGACUCGGACAUUUACAAGUUUCUCGGCGUCAAGAACGCAGAGCUGGUUGAAGCCAUGACCUAUGUAGCGACACGCAUGAAUCUCUUUUCCAACGUUUUACAAAAAGUCCCCGGAAUGACUGUCCAGGAAAGAUUGUACAGGAGAAAGUUGUGGCUUUGCGUGUGUUCGGCGAACAUGCACGAGCACACGUUUAGAGGCGGCUACACGUAUGUACGAGCAGAGCAGAUCCUAAGGUUUUUCGACAACUACAGAGUGUUUGACGACUACCAAGCCAUUUCUCAAGAAUCUCUCACAUCAGAAGAUCACAUUGAGCUGGAUUACCACAUUUUCCUUUUGAAAAACCAUCAAUUUACUGAAGUGCUAUGCGAUAUUGAAGAAGAAACCGUUCCAGAUCAAGAGCUUUUGCCGAAGAAAAUUGCAGAGAAUGACAGACUUGGUAAUUUUUUCCAAGAUGUGUUCCCAGAUUCAGAACCAUCCGCUCAGCAAGAAAAUCUUGACAUGGUCUUACACAUCAAUUGCAAGAAUUUUCGCAUUCCCGUGAUGAUAUGUCGACUUAGACAUUUGGCCCAAUUUCAAACAAAAUUCAAUUUAUUGAUAAAGCAGAUGUCCAAUGCAUCCCUAUUGAUGUUCUACUUCGAGAAAGAUUAUCAAGCAACGGAGUCCCCGCAAAGUUUACUAAACUUCGAGCGUUAUUUGCUGGAAAGCAUUGAGUAUGUCACACAGAUACUUGUAAGUUGUGUCGAUUAUAGCUCGGGCAACAUUUCACUUCUAAUUCCACCCAAUAUGAGGUUCAUCUUGACAGACGCGCUUUGUCCGAUAUACAAUAGGAGCGCACUUACCCUUUUCGGCGUGGUCUUGCGUUUUCAGUAUCUUCAGCAAACUUUCGCCCGCCAGGGACGCAUGAAUGUUUUGCCAGUCCUUGGGGAGAUUUUAGACCGCUUGUGCAUUUAUCUUCAAACUGCAGAAAGAUGCAUGGCUGCCGAAACACUCCCGCCAAGGGCUCUCGGAAUCGCUCAAAGUUUUUUGAAUUUGAUCAAAUAUGACGACUUGUUCGAUUCCAUCCGAGAGUAUAGCUCACUUUCGGAGGAUGUUUCUUCAAAAUGCCGCGAAAUUAUAGACUUCUGUCCUCCAGGCUAUCUUGAGCGUAAUAGUGCCGCAAUUAAACAAGUGAGCCAAGAAACUUUGAAUCAAUUCCUCCAAGUCUUGAACUCAGCUUCUUUCGUCAAUAGUAGCUAUAUUUCUGUACAAAAUUUCAAAAGUUGA